UGGGCUGGUUUCUAUUCAAAUGUGGGUCAGGGGUGAGGAAGCCUAACGUCAUAAGCUUGCAACAUGGCGUCCCGAAGGCUGUGAGAUGAGCAAGAGGAUGGUAAAGAACGCUUGAGAACGAUCCUACCGAUGUAAUAAGCUUCAGGUGGUGCACGUGUAGGAAGAGAGAGAGAGAGAGAGAGAGAGAGAGAGAGUGAGUGAAGGAAAGAAGGAAGGAAGGUGGAAAUGGAACUGCCAAAUCAUGCCAAACAACUGCUGCUGCAACUCAACCAGCAGAGAGCCAAGGGCUUCCUGUGUGAUGUCAUCAUCGUGGUGGAGAAUGCACUCUUCCGUGCCCACAAAAACAUCCUGGCGGCAAGCAGCAUUUACUUCAAAUCUUUGGUCCUCCACGAUAACCUCAUUAACCUUGACACAGAGAUGGUUAACCCCUCUGUAUUCAGACAAGUUCUGGACUUCAUUUACACUGGGAAGCUCCUGUCCUCAUCGGACCAGAGCAGUGAGCAGAACUUCAGUGCCCUCUUAACUGCAGCUAGCUACCUCCAGCUCCAUGACCUCGCUGCUCUGUGCAGAAAGAAGCUCAAGCGCAGUGGUGGGAAACCCCUGCCAGGCAAACCCUCUACUCCAGGUCCCCUUAGCCGCUUACGCCUCAACAACCAGCGCCUUUCCUCUUCUACCCCUGCUGGCCCCAACAACCACUAUCCUCCGACCCCUUCUGAUGCCGACCAGCCACAGCCAGAUGAAGGAAUUCGAGACAAGCUCUCAGAUGACGAAAUGUUUGUUGGCAGCUCUGGAAGGAAUGGGAAUGGGGGGAAUGGCAGCAGUAAUGGUCAUCUCAGUAGUGGAGGAAGUGCUGGGGAGCCAGACCUUGGACUAGACCUGUCAAAGAAGAGCCCUCCCUCUGCGGGCACAGCCACUGAUGCCCUCAGCCCACACAGCAACUCCCAAGAAUCCCCUCAAUCUGCCUCAGUAUCCACAACCAACAGUGCCUCACUGGAUGACUCCUCUACCACCCUACCAGGUGUAGACAUCUGUGGCUCAGAGACCAUGGAGCUCAACUCCUCCUCUAAAGCCUCAGAGGAAACUCAAUGCCAGACUGAUGGUCCCCCACCUCAGAAGAAAUCCCGGCAGGGUGCUCGCAAGAACGAAUGGCCUAAAAGAGAGGCAUCAGGGUUGAAGUCUGAAGAUCAUGACAGGCCACUCGUUAAUGGGGUGAUAGUGGGUCCUAAAGAUGGCCGUUCCACUGGGGUUGGAGGGGGCAGUGGAAGCAGCUUUGCUUCUGACCAGUCCUUCCAGUGUAAAGAUGAAGAAGAAGGCGGAGAGAAUGGCCAGGACCAUAGUGAUGAGAGUGGGCAAAGUGACGGAGAGAGUGCAGGAGGUGGGGCAGGAACAGGAGGCGGACACCAAAGCGCCAACUACGUGUACCGGCAGGAAGGUUUUGAGCCAGCAUUCGGAGACAACCUCUAUGUGUGCAUUCCCUGUGGUAAGGGCUUUCCCAGUUCUGAGCAGCUCAAUGCUCACGUGGAGACGCACACUGAAGAUGAGCUCUACAUCAAAGAGGAAGGAGGGACCUUCGUGAAAGAGGAAGACGAGGAAGAGGCAGAGGACCUCUCUGCCCCUGUUGGCCCUUCAAGCUUUGGCUCUGAAACACGUCCAUUCAAGUGUACAGUCUGCAGUAAGAGCUACAAAGACCCAGCAACUCUGAGACAACAUGAAAAGAGCCAUUGGCUGACCAGACCUUUCCCCUGCAACAUCUGUGGCAAAAUGUUCACCCAGAGGGGCACCAUGACACGCCACAUGCGCAGCCACCUUGGUCUAAAGCCAUUUGCAUGUGAAGAGUGUGGCAUGCGCUUCACACGCCAGUACCGUCUGACCGAGCACAUGCGUGUUCACUCUGGGGAGAAGCCGUAUGAAUGCCAGCUAUGUGGAGGGAAGUUUACCCAGCAGCGCAACCUCAUCAGUCACCUGAGAAUGCACACCUCACCCUCCUAGAAAUGCAUCAAGCCAAAGAACUCUGGGAAUAGAAAAAAAGAAACAUGUCUCUACCCUUUUCACAUCUCAACAGCAAAGAAACGCACAUGCACACAUUCACAUGCAGACACACACAGUUAAACAUAUUAAUUCCAGUUUACUACACCCUGGCUAAGUGAAAGAUGUAGCUGUUAGCCAACAUUGGGCUCUUGGUGACGGUGGGAUCUUGUUGAUGCAAGGAUCAUGUCAUCAUUUAUGUCAUUGACGUCUGCUCACCUCUCAGGAGUUCUAGAGGGACAAUUACUCCUGUCUCUCUCCAAAGUCACAAAGCCAUGGUGGAGUGGCAUGACUUCUGGCCUGCGUUGCAAGUCUGUCAAAUGUGAAUGUGGGUACUGAAAUAAUGUCAAGUCCCCUCACCUCAUACCCCUCAGCAGCCUUUCUCCUUUCUACCUUUGAGCAUUGUUGUUCCUCAAACUGAUAACUCAUGAGUCCCCCUCAUUACUGCUACAGUGCUAUUUUGACCAAAAACCCGUGCAAACAUUACUGGCAAUAAUUCAGCAAAAAGAUUAUUUCUACCCUUACAGCUUUAUAUCCAUUGUUACAUUGGUAACAUCUGUG